UUGUCUAGUUGUCGCUUCUUUCUCCUAACCUAACCUCAGUUAUUACAGCUGAAUGUGACAUGUAAGAGCAAGUUAACAAUGAUUUAUAGUUAUUAAAUACAUAUAUGCAAUGUUUAAAGUUCUAUUUGAAGGAAAAAGUGUUGUGGUGAAUAAUUUGUGCACAAGGAUUACAUAUUCAUAAAGAUUUAUGGAAUGCAUCGUAAAUAACCAUCGCCAAUAACCUAAAUUACAAUUUACUUGUAUGCUAACAAUAAUAAAGGUUUUUUUGUAGAAAAGGAAGAAAGAGAAAGAAAAAUGUAUAUUUAAAAUAAAAAUGUUAGUAAAAAUCGAUGAUGGAGAGCACUCAAUCACUAUAUAUUAGUCUCUUUAAUGAAGAGAAGAGCGAAGUCUUAAAAGAGUUGCUCCAUGCAUGCGUCGAUGAAAUUUGUGGUCGACCAGGACCAUCCUAUCAUAAAUUCAUUAACAGUAUGGAUUGGAGCAAAGAGGAAUAUGAAGGAGUUUAUAAGCUGAUAUCAACAUUGCUGAGGAAUCCUGCCUCUCUAGACAUGGUAGAUGAAAAGAUGCCACAAGAAUAUCACGAAUUGCCUGAACAAGUGCAACAAAAUGUUCUUACUUGCUUAAAAGUUCGCAGGGAGCAACUUACAAAUGCUUUACUGAGGGAACAUUACAAGAGAAAGUUUCCAACUGUAAUAGAUUUUGAUUGGAGAUUGAAGUUAGUGAUGGGAUCAAGUAAGAUGGCUUCUUUACGGGAAUUUCUUCUGCAGUUGGAUCUCAUAGUUGAGGACACGGAAUCUCAACAGAUAAUAAAUUUAGAACUGAAUAAAGACGAGUUAGAAACAAUGAUAAAUGCUUUAGAAACAUUGGUGUGAUAGCAUUUUAUACAUACAUACAUACAUACAUACACACACACACACACCCACAUAUUUCUUGCCAAAAAAGAAAAAAAUUUGAUAUACAUUCCUACAUAUUUAAUGUUCUACAUUAAGUUUGUAAAGGAUAGGUGUAAUAAAAUUAUUACUCGUGGAUA